AUGGAGACACGAGACGAAAAGGCCCAAGAAUCUGACUAUGCAUUUUCUGUUAACACUGUAGUCACGGAUACGGUUCACAGCAAGUGUGUGAUCGGUGUCAAAGUUGGCGGUGUGUCAUCCGAAGUACUAGUUGACUCGGGUUCGACGUGCAAUAUCGUCAACAUGGACACGUGGGAGGCGCUGAAACGACAGAAAAUCGUUUGCACCUCAGAGAAAUCUGACACACUGUUGUAUGCAUACGGGUCGAGGACCCCACUUCACACACUGGGGAAAUUCACGGCAGACAUAGAAGUCGGACGACGGCAGACGAAGGCAGAGUUUGUAGUCGUUCAGGGCAACGGACAACCUAUCUUGGGUUGUCAAACUGCAGAACAGUUGGGGAUUCUUAAAGUUGGGCUAGACAUCAAUAAAAUUGAGAUGUCUGACAACGCUGACAUUGUAGAUACAUACAAGGACUGCUUCGAGGAUGAAGUUCUACAAAACAUGAACCAGAGCACAGUGUAUAGCCAGCUCGACCUAAAGUACGGGUUCCAUCAGAUCGAGUUAGAACCAGACUCGCGAGGUAUAACAACGUUCGCAACACAUAAGGGGCUGUUGAGAUAUAAAAGAUUGAUGUUCGGGAUAAGUUCGGCUCCAGAACUGUACCAGCAUAUUAUCCAGCAGGAAAUCCAAUGGUGUGAGGGAGCACACAAUAUUUCCGACAAGAUCAUUGUUCACGGGCGAACAAUGGAGGAACAUGAUCAGAGACUGGUCAAGGUGUUCGAGAGAUUGAGAGAAAAGGGACUAACUCUCAACAAAGACAAAUGCGAGUUUAGAAUGUUGCAGCUCGUAUUCAUGGGACAUAUCCUGUCCGAGAAAGGGAUUGGCCCAGCCGAAAGUAAGGUCAAGGCCAUAACUGAAGCCAGAGAGCCAGAAUCGGCAGCCAAAGUGCGCAGUUUUCUAAGGCUUGUGAAUUUUUGUGCACGGUACAUCCCAGACAUGACGACAACUUCGGAACCAAUGAGACGACUGGUGAGAAAAUCAGUUCCGUUUACCUGGGGUUGGGAACAAAAACAAUCGUUUCAGAAAUUGAAACAGAAAUUAGUGGACGCAGACACGCUGGCAUUUUUCGACAAGGAUGCCAAGACGCAGAUCGUGGCAGACGUGAGCCCAGUCGGUUUAGGGGCUGUGUUGCUGCAGGAGCAAGGAGAGAACAGACGUGUGGUGAGCUACGCCAGCAGGAGCCUAACUGAUGUAGAGCGCAGAUACUCCCAAACGGAGAAGGAGGCUCUCACAUUGGUGUGGGCAUGCGAGCGUUUCCACGCAUAUUUAUAUGAACCGCUUAAGAGAACGGUGUUGCCAACAGGACCCUGGCAGGAUCUAGCAGCAGAUCUGCUUGGACCAAUGCCAACGGGGGAAUAUCUGCUGGUAGUCGUCGAUUAUUACAGCCGUUAUUUCGAAAUCGACGUGCUAAAGUCUGUGACGUCAGAGAAAGUGAUUGCGUCAAUGGAUAACAUGUUCACUACUCACGGCUUGGCGUCAUCAGUAAAGACUGAUAACGGACCUCAGUUCGUUUCAGACAAAUUCGAAUCAUACAUGAAGGAGAACGACAUAGAACAUAGGAAGUCAACGCCGUUGUGGCCGCAGGCUAACGGCGAGGUCGAGAGGCAAAACAGGACAUUGUAUAAAUCUAUGAAAAUCGCACAGGCUCAAAACCGAGACUGGAAGUUGGAACUGAACAAGUUUCUAACCGCGUAUAGGUCGACUCCACACACGUCAACAGGUGUGAGCCCGGCCGAGCUGCUGUUUGGCAGGAAAAUUCGUACCAAGUAA